AACCGCCAAUGGCCAGAGAUGUCUUGGACACCACCAAAUCUAAGUUGAAAAUGAAAGGAUGGCAAAUCCACAGUUAUGGAGAUGUUGAUGAACUCCAGUAUUCCGAUAAAUUGAAAAUGCCACAAAUACGUCAAUCCGAUCAAUGUUUGGUUAAGGUGUUAUCCACUUCCAUCAAUCCCAUUGAUGUUGCCAUGUUGAGUGGUUAUGGUUCCAAGGUUUUGAAUACAAUGCGUUGUCAGGGUAACGCCAUCGAAUUUCCUUUAACAUUGGGCCGUGAGUUCUGUGGUAUUUUGGUGCAAAAAGGCAUGAUUGUCAAGGAUGAUGUAAAUUUGCCACUAGGUCAAAGAGUAUGGGGUGUUGUACCGGUACAAACACCACAAGGCGCUCAUGCGGAAUAUGUUGCCGUUCCAAAACAUUGUCUCUCUUCAGCACCGACAAAUCUCAACAACGAAGAAGCCGCUUCCGUUUUAUAUGCUGGCCUUACAGCAUGGUCUGGAAUUUAUGUAACAGCCAAUUUGGGUGGAAUUUGUGGCACUUUAACAGCAAACGGUGCCAAUUGCAACAAUAAACGUAUUCUAAUUUUGGGUGGUUCCGGCAGUGUUGGUUCUCUGGCCAUACAAAUGCUUAAAGCACAAGGUGCACAAAUUGUUUCCACUUGCAGUGAAAAUGCACGCGAAAUGGUACAAAAUUUGGGUGCAGAUAUCGUCAUCGAUUAUCAUAAUCCCGUCGAAAUGGAAACAUUACGUCAAUAUGCACCAUAUGAUAUUGUACUCGAUUGUAGUGGUCAAGGACCGGCUGGAGCUGAACAGUUACAAUUUAAAUAUCAACAAUAUGUCACAUUUUCAUCGCCACUUUUGAAAAAUAUUGACAGUUCUGGUAUGGCAUUGGGUCUGUUGAAAAAUGUCGGCAAUUUGUUGGAGACAAAUGUUAAGUCAAUUACGCAACAAAAGGGAUUGGUUAAAUGGGGUUUCUUUAGUCCAGCACCGCAGGGCAUAAGUCAUCUGAAACGAUUGGUUGAAAGGAAAAAGCUACUACCUUUGGUUGAGAAAACCUAUAAAAUGGACCAAAUGCCCGAAGCCUUCCAAAGAGUCAAAGAUGGACAUUUACGCGGCAAAAUAGUUGUUAAUAUUAAUUAAAAAAAU